UCUAUGUCUGAGUCAACAAAAGAAUUAGAACAAAAACAAUACAGCCAUUGGAAACGCAAAAUAAUUUACUAUUCAAAACAUUCUGUAGAGAAAAAAUUUGCAACCAAUUAAAUUUUUAGAGCUUGCCUAAGAAAAUGCUUUCAUUUUUUUAUAAGAAAAAACAGGGUUCAGACACCCCGCCGGAAGAAGCAAUACAGGGUCCUCCAGACCCAGCACAAGUCAGAGAAGGUGGGGAUGAUUUUAUUUUUAUCGAACGAAAAACAACAGACAAUGAUCCGGUUAAGCCACAAACGCAAUCUAUGGGAGUAUAUCCGCCAAUGCCCUCUACAUUUGGAAUAGGUGGAUUUACUGGACAUCCAGUUUAUCCACCAGUCGGAAAUGCUGGUGGUGGCAAUGUAGCUCCCGUGCCAUAUGUGCAAGGAGUACCUUUCGAGUUAGCCCCACAUUUGAAUACGAAAUCUGAUUUUGAAGUGAUACAAUUGCAAGUGGACAGUAUUUUAGCUUUGUUAACGCGUCAAAUGUCGGUGGACGAAAGUGAGGAAUAUAAUUUUGCUUUGGAGCGUUCCAUACAGAACGAGUGUUACUAAUACUUUUAAUUUUUGCACGCUUAUAUUCUAAGAAAAUUACAGAAUAAAUAUAUAUAAUAAAGUAAUAAAAAA